AUGUCGAUCAAGUCAAUAAUUCCGCCUCCAAACUCUGUUGAGACCUUAAAUGAUGCAGAAUCUUUAACUGAAGAAGGCGCCGACGACUCAAUUGGGACUUAUGAAGGAGAUCGAAACGAAGCAGGCGAACGACAUGGAAAGGGAUUCGCUGUACUUCCAAAUGGCGAUCAAUACGACGGCGAAUAUCGCAAUAAUUUUCGGCAUGGAAGCGGAAUUUAUUAUUUUAAACGAGGAUAUCGCUAUGAAGGAUCAUGGAAAUUGGGUUUAAAACACGGAAUUGGGAAGUUUUAUUAUCCAGAUGGCUCAACGUAUGAAGGCGAAUGGAAAAGUGAUCAAAAACAAGGAUAUGGAAUUUAUACAUACCCGAAUCUCGAUCGAUAUGAAGGAAAUUGGUACAAAAAUAAGAAACACGGAACAGGAAAUUACUUGUACAAAGAGCAAGAUGUGAAUUUUCAUGGAACAUGGCGCAACGGAGCAAUGUUUGGACCUGUUGAAAUCAUCUACGAUCGUCAUCGCUUUCAUGGGCAUUAUCAAGAUGGAGCAGCAAUUGGUCCGGGAGUUUAUUCGUUCGAUCAUAAGUACAUGACUGUUGGAUAUAUGAAGCAGAGUGAGAUGAAAAAAACGAACCCUGAAGAGAUUUUGGAUGAAAAUGUUGAAGAACAGGUCGAAAUGAAACCAAAUUCGGAAUGGAUAGCAAUUGAAACUAAAUUGUAUGACUUUCAAGAAAUUCCUCAACAUCCCGUUUCAUUACCCAUCAUGGAUUCAAUGGAGUCGCUUUGUAAGUCAAUGAGUGAAGAACCAUCGUUGGAAAGUAUUGCUGAAGUGUCUGAAAAUGAAAAUGAUGAAAUUGAAGUUAAAAAUGAAGAAAUUGAAAUUAAAAAUGAAGAAGUUGAAACUGAAGAAAUUGAAGCAAAAAAAGACAAAAUCGAGUCAUCUAAUGAAAUUGAAAUGGAAAAUGACCCACAAAAAAGCACGCAAUCAAUUCCAUUAGCAGCGACAAACACAAAAAUUGAUUAA